GGGACCUUUGCAGCCUCCUCACUGGCGAUGGCUCCCUGGUCUUGCUUUCUCUCUCAAACUGGCUUUUUCUUAUUCCUUUGACUCCGCCAGACUUCGUCACCCCCAUGACCUGGUGUUGUGUCUGAUCACCCCAACAUUCCUGGCUGCCCAAUGUGGGGCAACGAAGACCCUGGUGAAGGAAUGCUAGAGCAUGUGAAUGCAGAGGACACAUCGUCAAAGGACACCCAAGGACGUCUCAAAGAAGCUCGGCAGGAAAGCUGAGCACUGGGAAGAACCAAGAGGAACCAGGAGUACAGGAGGAAUAUGAAAGUUGACAAGGAGCAUGACCAUUGAAGCACAGCACCACAGGGAGGGGUUUAUGCCUCUGGAUGACUGUGGGCAGGGCUGGAUACACAAGAAGCUGAUGGAGCAGAGUGUUCCCUGAUUCCUCCAAGGAAAGGAGACUCCCUUUCACGGUCUGCUUGUCAGAAUCUAUGAAACUCAGUGGUGAAAAGCACUACCUGCCUGCUCCUCUCUUGGAAAUUGAUGGCAAUAGAAGUGGUUUCUCUGUUUCCUUCUGUAUUGAAGAAAUCUUUUCUUCUUCUAAGAAGACAUAAUACAGAAGAAUUUUUAUAGCAAAAUUUAGUGGAGAUGGGGUGCAUGAAAUAUGUUGGGAGAGUAUCACUGUUCUGAUAUGCAGCCUUGAACACCACAUGGUAAUACUGGACCUGGACUAAAGAGAAUUUCCCAUGUACUACUCUCACCUCUGAGAAAAUUACCAGAGGAUAUAAAAUAUCCUCAUUUUAAGAAAAAAAAACUAGAACCUAACAAGAGAAAAAAGAAAAAAAAAAAAGGUGCAGCUCACCACCAGUGCUCAUUUAGUUUUACAUUAACAUGUUCUUUGAGGCUGAAGCAAAUCUGACCGAUUUUCAAUGUAAAAAUAACAUAUAAAAACUGUUCUCGGAGUUAUUUCUAAACAGAACUAAGAUCAGAAUUGUUUGAAUCAUCAGAAACAUCUCUUUUGAAAAAUCGAUUCAUCAAAUGAAUCUUCAGCCAACAACUGUUGAAGAAGGAUGUGAAUAUCACAGGGGGGCGUUUCCUGCCCAUUGUUUUUAUAAUCUCUGAGGGGAAGAAGAAGCAAACAUUUGCCAGUCAGACAAGUGACAGGAAAUGGAUUCUAAACACCAGUGUGUGAAGCUAAAUGAUGGCCACUUCAUGCCUGUAUUGGGAUUUGGCACCUAUGCACCUCCAGAGGUUCCGAGAAGUAAAGCUUUGGAGGUCACAAAAUUAGCAAUAGAAGCUGGGUUCCGCCAUAUAGAUUCUGCUCAUUUAUACAAUAAUGAGGAGCAGGUUGGACUGGCCAUCCGAAGCAAGAUUGCAGAUGGCAGUGUGAAGAGAGAAGACAUAUUCUACACUUCAAAGCUUUGGUCCACUUUUCAUCGACCAGAGUUGGUCCGACCAGCCUUGGAAAACUCGCUGAAAAAAGCUCAAUUGGACUAUGUUGACCUCUAUCUUAUUCAUUCUCCAAUGUCUCUAAAGCCAGGUGAGGAACUUUCACCAAGAGAUGAAAAUGGAAAAGUAAUAUUUGACAUAGUGGAUCUCUGUACCACCUGGGAGGCCAUGGAGAAGUGUAAGGAUGCAGGAUUGGCCAAGUCCAUCGGGGUGUCCAACUUCAACCGCAGGCAGCUGGAGAUGAUCCUCAACAAGCCAGGACUCAAGUACAAGCCCGUCUGCAACCAGGUAGAAUGUCAUCCGUAUUUCAACCGGAGUAAAUUGCUAGAUUUCUGCAAGUCAAAAGAUAUUGUUCUAGUUGCCUAUAGUGCUCUGGGAUCUCAACGAGACAAACGAUGGGUGGACCCGAACUCCCCGGUUCUCUUGGAGGACCCCGUCCUUUGUGCCUUGGCAAAAAAGCACAAGCGAACCCCGGCCCUGAUUGCCCUGCGCUACCAGCUGCAGCGUGGGGUUGUGGUCCUGGCCAAGAGCUACAAUGAGCAGCGGAUCAGAGAGAAUGUCCAGGUUUUUGAAUUCCAGUUGACUGCAGAGGACAUGAAAGCCAUAGAUGGCCUAAACAGAAAUCUCCACUAUUUUAACACUGAUAGUCUUGCUAGCCACCCUAAUUAUCCAUAUUCAGAUGAAUAUUAACAUGGAGGGCUUUGCCUGAUGUCUACCAGAAGCCCUGUGUGUGGAUGGUGAUGCAGAGGACGUCUCUAUGCCAGUGACUGGACACAUCACCUCUACUUAAAUCCGUCCUGCUGAGCGACUUCAGUCAACUAGAGCUAAGUCCAUAGGCCAGAAAGACAGACAAUAAAUUUUUAUCAUUUUGAAAUAA